CUUCGUGUUCCACUCGUUCGGCGGCGGCACCGGCUCUGGCUUCACGUCGCUGCUCAUGGAGAAGCUAUCUGACGAGUUCGGCAAGAAGAGUAAAUUGGAGUUCGCUAUUUACCCGGCACCACAAGUAUCAACAGCGGUGGUGGAGCCGUACAACGCGGUGCUGACGACACACGCGACCAUCGGCCACUCGGACUGUGCCUUCAUGGUGGACAACGAGGCCAUCUACGAUAUCUGUCGGAGGCGGCUGUCCAUCGAGCGACCUUCGUAUGCCAAUCUGAACAGACUCAUAUCACAGGUGGUGUCGUCAAUCACAGCGUCUCUGCGAUUCGACGGCGCGCUCAAUGUGGACCUGACGGAGUUCCAGACCAACCUGGUGCCGUAUCCGCGCAUACACUUCCCUCUUGCCGCCUAUGCGCCUGUCGUUUCAGCUGACAAGGCAUACCACGAAGGCAUGUCAGUCUCCGAGAUCACAGCAGAACUGUUCGAGCCUCAGAACCAGAUGGUGAAGUGCGACCCUCGCGACGGAAAGUACAUGGCUUGCUGCCUGUUGUACCGGGGGGACGUCGUGCCCAAGGAUGUCAACGCUGCUAUCGCGGCCAUGAAGGGACGCGCGGGUAUCCGGUUCGUGGACUGGUGUCCUACGGGAUUCAAGGUGAGAUCCACGUGA